CAUGGGCCGGGGGCCCCAGGGCGCGGGCCGCCCGCCUCGCCGCCUGCUGCCGCUCCUGCUGCUGCUCGGCUUGGCCCGCGGCGCGAAUCCAGCGCUGGGCGCCGACGAUGUCUGUGCCACUUGCCAUGAACACGCUACCUGCAAGCAAGCCGAAGGGAUGAAGAUGUGUGUCUGCAAAUACGGAUUCGUGGGCAACGGGAGAACUUACUGUAUGGAUAAAAACGAGUGCCAGUUUGGAGCCACUCUGGUCUGCGGAAACCACACAUCUUGCCACAACACACUCGGAGGCUUUUACUGCAUUUGCCUAGAAGGAUAUCGAGCCACAAACAACAACAAAACAUUCAUUCCCAAUGACGGCACAUUUUGCACAGACAUCGAUGAGUGUGAGGUUUCCGGCCUGUGCAGGCAAGGAGGACGGUGUGUGAACACUUAUGGAAGUUUUGAAUGCUACUGUAUGGAUGGAUACUUCCCAGAGAAUGGGCCUGAACCUUUCCACCCGGCCAGAGACACCACGUCAUGCAUAGAAAUAGACUGUGGCCUCCCUCCUGAGGUCCCAGAUGGCCUUAUCGUCGGAAAUUACACUUCUAGGCUUGGCAGCCAGGUGCGUUAUGCUUGCAAAGAAGGAUUUUUCAGUGACCUGGAAGAUACAGUUUCAAGCUGCACAGCUUUGGGCACGUGGGAGUCCCCAAAGUUACAUUGCCAAGAGAUCAAGUGUGGCCGUCCUCCGGAAGUACGCCAUGCAGUGCUGGUGGGGAAUCACAGCUCCAGCCCGGGCAGUGUGGCUCACUAUGUCUGUCAAGAGGGCUUUGAGAGCCCUGGGGGAAAGAUCACUUCCAUCUGCACCGAGAAAGGCACUUGGAGGAAAAGUGCUUUGACAUGCACAGAAAUAAUUACAGAAAUCCGUGCUGUAUCCGUGUUUAAUAACACCUGCGUGAGGUGGCAGGUAAGCCCAGGAAGCAUCCUCUCCAAGACUGUCUACGUGAUAUACAUAAAAGGACAACGGUUGUACUCUAUGGAAUCAGUUCAUGAGGAGACAGUCAACGUGACCACAGAAAGCAGGACCCCAGAAGUGUGCCUAGAUCUGCACCAAGGCACCAACUACACCAUGAGCAUUUCCACCGCCCCUCCCGCGCGCUCCGUGCCGGCCUUCAUCGGGUUCCAGACAGCUGAAGAUGAUCUCUUAGAAGAUGGAGGAAUGUUCAAUAUUUCAGUAUUCAGUGAAGCUUGUUUGAAACUGAGCAGGCACCCUAGGAAACUUGGAUCAGAACAAAUGUACCAAUUUCAAGUUCUGGGUCAAAGGUGGUACCUGAAUAAUUUUUAUCAUGCAACAUCAUUUAACUUCACAACAAGGGAGCAAACUCCGUUGGUAUGUUUAGACCUGUACCCAGCAACUGAUUACACAGUGAAUGUCAGUCUCCUGGGAUCUUCUGAGCAGCAGUCAGUGCAAAUAACGAUGGCAACCGCACCAGCAGUAAAACAGAUCAUCGGUAACAUUUCAGUAUUUAACGAAACCUGCUUGAGAUGGAGAAGUACAAAGACCGCUGAUACAGAGGAGAUGUAUUUAUUCUACAUUCAGGGCCAGAGAUGGUAUCAGAAGGAAUUUACCCAGGAAAUGACCUUUAAUAUGACUGCCCGCAGCCAGGCUCCUGAGAUGUGCUUGGACCUGCGUCCGGGCACCAACUACAGCAUCCGCAUCCAGGCUUGGUCUUCUCAACUUCCCGUGGUCCUCCCCCUGACAACCCACAUUGCAGAACCUCCCCCUCCGGAAGUAGACUUUGUCACAGUGCAUGGAGGGCCUCUACCCCGUCUGAAACUGAGGAAAGCCAAGGAGAAAAAUGGACCUAUCAGUUCAUAUCAGGUGUUAGUGCUUCCCCUGACGCUCCAAAGCACCUUUUUGUGUGAUUCUGAAGGGGCCGCCUCAUUCUUUAGCAACACUUCUGAUGCUGAAGGGUAUGUGGCUGCAGAACUACUGGCCAAAGAUGUUCCAGAUGACUCCAUGGAGAUGUCUAUUGGAGACAGGCUGUACUACGGGAAAUACUAUAAUGCACCUUUGAAAAAAGGGAAUGAUUACUGCAUCAUACUGCGAAUCACAAGUGAAUGGAAUAAGGUGAGAAGAUGCUCCUGUGCGGUUUGGGCUCAAGUGAAAGAUUCGUCGUUCAUGCCGCAGCAGAUGGUGGCCGUUGGGCUGGGCUCCAUGGCUGUUGUGAUUGUUCUCGCAUUCCUCUCCUUCUCAGCUGUGUGAUUGCAGACGGGUGCUACGUGCGGAGGAAGCAGCGCCGCUGGGGCAGGUGCUGGGACAACUUCUCAGGUGCCUGCCUACACAGAGGCCCUGUGGGGCUUCCGUCUGGGUGUGUGUGGUUCUGCAACUUUUUUCAUUCCCAGCUUGGCCCCAUUUCUGGAUUCAAGAUGGCGAAUACCUCUGUGGAACCCCCCGAGUGGAGGAAGCUCGGAAAUCACUGACGUCUUCUCUGCUGGCUACACAACCAGUUCGGUGUCUGUGAACUUGAGACCCUUGAUAGACAAUGUAGUAUUGACCACAGGCUACAGGUCAUGUGGGCCAGACGUCUGAGUGCUUCUCAAGAGUCUUCUCUUCUGGACAUUGAAUGCAGGACACUCUCUGCACCUUUAUAGCAUCCCUGGACUAAUUUGGAAUCCAUCUUUCUACAACAAGCAGUGAGAUGGACUUAAGUUUGGGAUAGAAUUUGCCUUUAUGAAGGAGGUCAUUGAAAAGGAUAGAGAUCGUUGACAGAGGCAGCCUGUCAGACAUUUCAGAAGCAACCCCUUUCCUACAAUUAAUUGACAUACUAACAGAAAGUAUGCUAACCUGGCCUCUCCAGGAAGUUCUCUGCGAUGGCUGUGAGGCAGUGAAGCUUUGAUACAGAACCAUGGGUCUUACAGGUGUUCAAAAGCCAUAAGUUAUCAUUCCAAUAAAAAUAUUCUGUUAA